AUUACAAUUUAAAAAUAUUAAUGAAGAAAAGGUUGGUGAUACACAAAAUGCACUUUAUGUGAGAUUAAGGUUAUUUCAGACUAAUUCAAUUCAAUCCACCCCCAAGCUUCAGAUCCGACUCACUCAGCUCAGAUCUCUCUUUUCAUCGUUCUCUCUCAAUCAUUCCAUCCAUCCCCAGUUUGUAUACUAGCUGUGUUAUAGAUACAACCCAAGUGAAUAUUUUUGUUGUUGGAGUUUGUGACAAUUGAAGAUUUUGUUAAGAACAAGUUGGAUGGAACAUGGAUAUGAAUUCUUACAGUAGGAGAUGGUACACAUUGAAUUAGAUUCAGAGAUUUGUAACUUUAAAGAUAUUAUUGUAGAAGAUUUUGAUAGUGAAAGGUUAGGAUCUGGCAUUCGUAGCAUUCGUAGAGAGCUGUCGUUUUCGCGUUGGUGUGAUGAUGAUAAUGUUGUUGAUGGUGGUGGUGAGGAAAGGGUUGUUUUGGAUCGACAAUUAGGUGAUGAGGAAGACACUGUUUUUGAGUUACCUUUUGUUCAAAAGAAUGAGGUGAAAGAAAGAGUUUUAGAUAGAGAGAGAUUCUCUUUUGAUAAGUUACAGCAGGAAAGGAGUGUGCCGAUAAACGGUGCUAGUGCAAUGGAUGAUGAUUCUGUUUAUAGAAGAGGUAAUGGAUCUGAUAAACACGUGCCUUUUGAAAUUGAAGAGAGAUCUGAAAGGGGAACAGUUGGCAGUGACUCCUAUGUUUUGGGAGGUGGCGUUGGAUCGCUUGAUAGAGGCUCUGAAAAUACUGUCUCUGUAGCAAAUAUCUUGAAGACGUUGUUUUUCGUACUUGUGUGGUACACUUUCAGUUUAUUUUUGACCUUGUAUAAUAAAAGUUUGUUGGGAGAUCAUAUGGGAAGGUUCCCGGCUCCUUUUUUAAUGAAUACUAUCCACUUUUCAAUGCAAGCUGUUUUAUCGAAAUUUAUCACAUGGUUUUGGGCUCAUAAAUUCGAGACUAAUGUUGUCAUGUCGUGGAGGGAUUACUUUUUGCGAGUUGUCCCGACUGCUCUUGGAACAGCUAUGGAUGUUAACUUGAGCAAUGUAUCUCUAGUUUUCAUCUCUGUCACAUUUGCUACAAUGUGUAAAUCUGCUGCACCAAUCUUUCUUCUCUUGUUUGCUUUUGUUUUCAGGUUGGAGACACCAAGUUUUAAACUAUCAGGAAUCAUUUUAGUCAUCUCCAUUGGCAUAUUACUAACAGUUUCAAAAGAGACAGAAUUUGAAUUUUGGGGAUUUGUACUUGUCAUGCUUGCUGCUGUUAUGUCCGGGUUUCGGUGGUGUAUGACUCAGAUCCUUUUGCAGAAAGAAUCCUAUGGUCUGAGAAAUCCACUUACCCUGAUGAGCAAUGUAACUCCAGUAAUGGCUGUCGCAACCGCACUUCUUUCUCUGGCAUUAGAUCCAUGGGAAGAAUUCCAAGAAAAUGUGUACUUUGAUACUCCAUAUCAUAUAAGUCGAAGUUGCUUGCUGAUGUUCUUUGGUGGAACACUCGCCUUUUUCAUGGUACUAACAGAAUAUAUUUUGGUGUCUGUAACUAGUGCCGUCACAGUCACAAUAGCCGGGGUUGUUAAGGAGGCCGUCACCAUAUUGGUCGCAGUUUUAUACUUUCAUGAUCAAUUUACUUGGUUGAAAGGAUUUGGCUUAUUCACUAUUAUGAUUGGUGUGAGUUUGUUUAAUCUGUACAAAUACCAGAAGCUUCAGAAGGGUCAUGCAGGUGACAAUGAAGCAGAGCAUCAUACAAAAGAUUCUUCAGCCAAAUAUGUUAUUCUCGAGGAGAUCGAUGAACAAGAUGGUGGAAUUUAGACAUCAAUACAGGACACAAAAUUAUCGUCGCCAUCUCAUCACAACGCCGGUGGUUUCUUCAAUUAUGUCAGAAUAAGUACUUAAAAUUAAUUACAGAUUUUGGCAUUCUUUUGAGUUGAGAAGAUAUAUGUUGUAGAUCACACUAGGUUGUUUAUAAAUAAAUUUUCUUCAUUUUUGCUUCCUAGUAUUGUAUUAAAUUUUGUUCUUUUGGCAAAAUUAAAAUAUACCAAGUGCAAUUUUUGAUUUGUUA